AUGGUUCGCGAGAGUGGCAUCUCGGCCACGAAGCCCGUUUUCCCUAAUUUCUUGCUACCAAGCAUCAAGCUUCCUUUCUCCCGUCGUCACUCGACCUCCUCGAGCUCGGCAGAAUCUGCCGCAUCGUCAGCAGUGACAACGCCAGCAAGUUCACCCCCGAACGAUGGUCUUUUAGCCAAGACCGGGCAAGGCCGACUUAUUCGUACCUCACCAAACACGUUGCGUUGCUCAACAUGCUCCGCGGACAUCGCCUUUGCCUCCCAAGUCAUCUCGAAGGGCUUCACUGGCCGAUACGGUCGGGCGUUUCUUGUCGCGCCACCCGCUCUCCCUGCCCCUCAGACUCUGAGUAACAUUCGGGUUGGCAAGAGUGAGAAUCGACAACUUGUAACAGGUUGGCAUGUUGUUGCAGAUAUCAACUGUGGGGCAUGCUCGAGCAAACUUGGUUGGAAAUACGUGGAUGCCAAGGAGCAAGGCCAAAAGUACAAAGUCGGCAAAUUUAUCCUGGAGAUGGAGCGGGUCGUUAUAUAUCGAAGCUGGGAAGACGCCAUUGAUGAACAUGAAGAGGAGAAUCCCGUAAUAUCUAAGAAGGGUGGCGAUGAGGAGGUUGAGUUUGAUUCUGACGAUGAUGAUGAAUGUGAGGAUAUUUUUGCCGGCACUUGGGACCCUGAAGUUGUGGAAGGGAGGCGAAGGAGAAUGACGGCACGCCGAAGUCAAGCCGAGAGUGACGAGUAG